UUCUCAUUGUGACUGUGUGUGAAGAAAUUUGUGAAGCUCGAUAGAUAAACUGCAUUAAUGGAGAUGAUGAUAGACGGAGAAGGGGAGGCAAUUGUGUUCUUUGAUUUGGAGACAACAUUUCAGGAUCGGGUUCUGUUAGAAUUCGGAGCCAUAUUUGUAUGCCCAAGGAGGUUGAUCGAGCUUGACAGUUAUUCAACCCUGAUCCGACCCGCUGACCCAUCAUUCUUGGAUACCUUCUCGGGUCAUCAUGGCAUCACCAGCGCAGACUUAGCUUCUGCCCCUCUCUUCUCUCAAGUUGCUGACGACAUCUACCAAAUCCUCAAUGGGCGAAUAUGGGCUGGACACAAUAUUAAGGAAUUUGAUUGUCCUCUUAUUAAGGAGGCGUUUACUGAAAUUGGUUGGCGAGCACCAAGAUGUAGGCAAUUGAUUGAUUCGCUUCCAUUGUUAACAGAAUGGUUUGGAAGGAGAGCUGGUAAUAUGAAGUUGUCUAGUCUCUCAGCUUAUUUUCGGUUUGAAGAGCAACCACAUAGGAGUUUGCCUGAUGUCCGGAUGAAUCUUGAAGUUCUCAAGCAUUGUGGAGCUGUUUUAUUCUUGGAGUCUAUUUUUCCUCAAGUACUUCAAAGUUCAUGGAUUUCUCCUGAAGAAGUUUCUUCUACUUUUGCAAUCCCUUAUGAUGGAAACCCAAGAAUAAUACAUAUUAUGCACAAUGACAUUGAUUUGAAGCUGCAUUGUAGUCGCCUCAAGGUGCAGCUUGGAAUUAGAAAGACUGAUGAUGCUAAUCGUCGACUCACUUUUGUGGUGGGUGCCUCUUCGCGUUUACGUGAAGUUCUGGAUAAGUGUGAUAUUCUUGUUGAGCAGUGGUACAAGGAUCGCGGUGGUGACUCAGAAUGGUUGCCUGUGGUUAACAGAAAAUAUCAGAGCGUUCGAUUGCGCUUGAAAUCUGGAGUGGAUGGUAACACUGUUCACUGGAGGACGCAGAUAGAGAGAUAUCACUAUGAAUCUUCCACCUUCCAAAGAGUUGAGUCUAGUAAUUUUGACUCCGCGGAACUAGCGAGCUUGUUCAAUCCUGGGACCUAUGUGGAUGCAUUUUUCUCUUUGGAAACCUUUGAUUAUAUGGAGAAAGUAGGUAUCGGCUUAGUGGCCGAUAAGUUGAUUAUACUUCACCAGUGAUUUGGUCACUCUAGCUUAUGUUAUGUUAUGCAUUACCCACCUUGAGUAUUCAUUGGUCGGUAUGUUACUACUUCUAACGUAUUAUUUUGGCUUAUCUAUUGUAAAAUUGAUAUGAUGCCCUGUAGAAAGUGAACCUUACUAUUUUUCUGAGUGUACCAAGUAUUAACACUUCAGUCCCUUCAAGAUUACGCUGAUCAAGUGGAUACCAAGGGAUUGGAUGAGUUUGGUUUAUCUGCUUUUUAAAAUCGACUUUGCCCUUGUUAUAUUUUAUGUUGUUAUGAAAUAUUGUACUAAAUGAAUGAUUAUUCCUUGUUGAAACCUUCUGUUUUCUGCC